CUUCCAUUCACUAUCCGAACUCGAACGGCGCCCAUCAAGCUUUGACUACAAUUUGAAAAUGUUCGGCCCAACAAUGACAACACCAACAACACCAACAACACCACCAGACCAGCAUCUGCCGCAUUCCUCACAGUUCUCGGCCGCUCUGUUUUCGAGUCUACCGCCUGAAAUCAAACUGGAGAUCCUAUCCCACUGCCAGCAAAACGAUCUCAUCUGCCUCUCCCUAUCAUCCCAUUACUUCCGCAACCUCACCUCCCCUUUGAUUCCGAGCAAACCCAGCCUACUCUCGUGCGACCAGAACGUGCCCCAAGAGGCCUUGACAUGUUCCUGCGGCAACAACCGCGUCUCCGAGGUGGUGCACAACGUGCAUGCCCAUCGCCGGAAGCGACAUAGCUACAUCGUCAAGCGGGCAGAUCAUGGCGAUGGCUUGGGGGGCAACAGCAACAACAACAACUACAACAACAACUACAACAUCUGCAUGGAAGGGUGGCCUUGCCGAGCAUACCCACCCCAGCACGAGAUGUGCCGACGCCCGUGGUGCAAACACUGCGCGUGCAUCUCUUGCCCACUGUACACGAGGCUCCGCGGGUGGAUGGGCCAGGACCGGAGAUAUUGCUCCGUUUGCCGCACGUUUACGAAGCGGGCGUGGACGAAAAAGUACAACGGACGGUGUUUGCACGGCCGUCCAAAAGUGCGUAAGUCAUCAAACAACCACUGGACAGCCAAGAAGGGCCAGUCGUACGGCUACCGAUGGUGGCGACGAUGGGGAACCUCGGGCGUUGAUUGCGGCGGGUACGGGAAAGACUAUGUAGAGGGAGAUCCGCUGAGUCUUCAGAAAAGGAGGAACCCGAGAGUUGUAUAAAUAUGCUACUUGGUUUCACGCUGUCGUAAAUCGUUUGUCUCCUUGGCCUCUUCCUCAAUAUUAACAAUACUUGAGGGUUGAAGCACUGAUGGAAGUGCGGCGGCGAGAUUCUGCCGCUGCAGACCGCCAUCC